AUGCGCUCCGCCGCCAAACUCAGCCGCAUCCUCCUCCUCCUCCUCCUCCUCCUCCUGCCGCCACCGCCCGCCGCCGCCUACUUCGGCCUGACCGGGAAAGAAGCUCUGACCCACUUCCCAUCGCUGGGCAGCCCGGGGGGCUCCGGCCCGGCUCAGGGGCACGUGAAGCAGUGCGAGCUGCUCCAGCUGUCCCGCAAGCAGAAGCGGCUGUGCCGGAGGGAGCCGGGGCUGGCGGAGACGCUGCGGGACGCGAUCCGCCUGGGCAUCCUGGAGUGCCAGUUCCAAUUCCGCAGCGAGCGCUGGAACUGCAGCCUGGAGGGCCGGCCCAGCCUGCUCAAGAGAGGUUUUAAGGAAACAGCCUUCCUGUACGCGGUGUCCUCGGCCGCCCUGACGCACUCGCUGGCGCGGGCGUGCAGCGCGGGGCGCAUGGAGCGCUGCACCUGCGACGACUCCCCGGGCCUGGAGAACCGCAAGGCCUGGCAGUGGGGAGUCUGUGGGGACAACCUCAAGUACAGCACCAAGUUCCUGAAAAAGUUCCUGGGGCAGAAGAGGAUCGGCAAAGACCUGCGGGCCAAGGUGGACAUCCACAACACCAACGUGGGCAUCAAGGCGGUGAAGAACGGCCUCAAAACCACCUGUAAGUGCCACGGCGUGUCGGGCUCCUGCGCGGUGCGGACCUGCUGGAAGCAGCUCUCGCCCUUCCACGAGAUCGGGCGGCUCCUCAAGCUCCGCUACGACGACGCCGUCAAAGUCUUCAGCACCAGCAACGACGCCGUGGGGCACUCGGAGCUGGCGGGGCCGCACAGACACGGCCCCUCGGCCAAGCAGCCCCUCCUGCCCCGUCCCACAGACCUGGUGUACGUGGAGGACUCGCCCAGCUUCUGCCGGCCCAGCAAAUACUCGCUGGGCACCGCCGGCAGGACCUGCUCCCGGGAGGGCAACUGCGACAGCAUGUGCUGCGGCAGGGGCUACAACACCCAGAGCCGCCUGGUGACCUUCGCCUGCCACUGCCAGGUGCAGUGGUGCUGCUACGUGGAGUGCCAGCAGUGCAUGCAGGAGGAGGUGGUGUACAGCUGCAAGCAGUAG